GGCUGUCAUGGCGGCGGGAGACGCGCUCAGCUGGUUUCCAGCGGUAGCUGUCGGAGUUUCUCUGCUAAAAUGUCUUUUCAUCAACGCAUACCGGUCGACAGACUUCGAGGUGCACAGGAACUGGUUGGCGAUCACACACAGCCUGCCGGUGUCCCGCUGGUACUACGAGAACACGUCGGAGUGGACGCUGGACUACCCGCCGCUCUUCGCCUGGUUCGAGCUGGGCCUGUCCCAGGCGGCCCGGCGCUUCGACAGCGACAUGCUGCUGGUGCACAACCUCAACUACGCCAGCCCGCCCACCGUGCUGUUCCAGAGGCUGUCGGUCAUCUUCACCGACGGAGUCUUCAUCUACGCCGUCAGAGAGUGCUGCCGGUGCGUUCGGGAGAAGAAAGGCAGUCGGGACGUUUUAAGCCGGCCGUCCUUCAUCCUGUCCGUUCUGCUGCUGUGGAACUUCGGCCUCCUCAUCGUCGACCACAUUCACUUCCAGUAUAACGGCUUCCUCUUCGGGUUCCUGAUGCUCUCAGUGGCCAAGCACUUACAGUCCCAGCACCUGCAGGGGGCGCUGCUGUUCGCCGUCCUGCUCAACCUGAAGCACAUCUACCUGUACGUGGCUCCAGCGUACGGCGUCUACCUGCUGAGGAGCUACUGCUUCACACAAGACAACAAGGAUGGCUCGCUGCGGUGGAGGAGCUUCAGCCCGCUGCGUCUGCUGGCGCUGGGCGGUCUGGUGUUGUCGGUGUGUGCGGUGUCGUUUGGGCCGUUCAUCCUAAUGGGCCAGCUGCCGCAGGUCCUCUCCCGCCUCUUCCCCUUCCGGAGGGGCCUCUGCCACGCCUACUGGGCGCCCAACGUCUGGGCCCUCUACAACCUUCUGGACAAAGGCGUGGCCACGCUGGGUGUCCGGCUGAAGCUGCUGCAGGAGGCGGAGCUUCCCCGAGCCUCCAUGACGGGCGGGCUGGUCCAGGAGUCCCAGCAUGCCGCGCUCCCCUCCGUGUCCCCCGCCGUCACUCUGCUCUGCACCCUGCUCUCCAUCCUGCCGGCGUUGGCGUCCAUCUGGCGGCGCCCCCGCGGCGCCCGCGGCUUCCUGCGCUGCCUGCUGAUCUGCGCUCUGGGCUCCUUCCUGUUCGGCUGGCACGUCCACGAGAAGGCCGUCCUGCUCGCCAUCCUGCCGCUCAGCUUCCUGGCGGUGGAGAGCAGAGAGGAUGCUGGGAUCUUCCUGGUGCUGGCCACCACCGGACACUACUCGCUGUUCCCGCUGCUCUUCACUCCGGCAGAGCUGCUCAUCAAAGCGUCCCUCAUGCUGAUGUUCACCGUCUUCUCCUUCUCGGCUCUCAGGAAGCUCCACAGCGGCCGCGGCCCCCUGCUCCGCCCCCUGGAGGUGGUGUACCUGUUGGGCCUGGUCGCCGUGGCGAUAGGCUGCGAAGUCGUCUUCCCGCUGUCGCCGUGGCAACAGAGGCUGCCCUUCCUCCCCCUGCUGGUGACGUCGGUGUACUGCGCGGCGGGCGUCUGCUACUCCUUCCUGCGGCUGUACGCGAGUCUGCUGCGGUCCGAGGACAAACCCAAGCGACAGUGAGGUCAAAGGUCAGACGCCCACACUUGGAAUCCCACCAGAUCACUGCAGACACACACACACACACACACCGGAAUUCCCUCUUAUCCACGUUAGCCUGAGGGAGAUGCUCUCAGCCAAUCAGCUGCUCCGGCUGGCUGCUGCGGCCGCAUCACCAGGAAGCAGUGCUGGAAAACACAACCGGCACAGAGCGGCCGAGCCCUCCAACGAGACCAUGGGUUCAAAUCCCGGUCUGCACUCUGACUUCGUCUCACGCCGGAUUACUGAAGACGGAUCAUUAAAUGCUAACGUGUGAAGCUGGAGCAGCAGGUCCUGAGAUCCACGCCUGGAUGGACGCCGACGCGAGCGGUGUCAUCCACUGGAGGAGCGCUGGCAGGUGGAACUUUGUCCUAUGUUUCUGGAUGGCAAUCAUUUAAAAAAACAAAAAAAAAAAAAAAAAAAAAACACCUGAUGCAUGCUGGGAUGGAUUGAUUCCUGCAGUUGGGAUCAAACCCUCCCAAAGUGUUUAUUGCCGAUGGUUCUGAAUCCUGCAGAAUGAGCCAGUCCACAUGUGUGAAACUGGUUUCAGGGGAAAAUUGAAUCUUCGAGGACCAAAACAUGUUCGUUUUUUGCACUUUUAAAUAAAAAGGAUCUGUCCGUCCAUC